AUGUCGAUUCCGGAGGAUGUUUUACAAAACCUCACGGCUGUUUUCGCCAAUGCGCUAAAAACAGCAGUUCAAGAAGUUCAAGGUGGUGCCAAUGCAGCACCGGAAGGAGCCCCAAAAGCAGCAGCGUUCACAAUUGGCGAAUACAGGACAGCAGACUGUUCAUCGGUGGAAGACUAUUUUAAACGAUUUGACUGGGCUCUCAAUCUCAGUAGAAUCCGGGAAGUGGAUUAUGCGGCGUAUGCUCGCGUUCAUAUCGGCAGUGAAUUGAAUAAUGCGCUCAAAUUCCUAGGCGAUGAGCAAGUCAACACACUUACUAUAGCGGAACCGGAGAUCACAAAGGUACAGCAGCUACGACUAUCACACCUCAUUUCACGUUUCGACGAUGUAUUUGGAGAAUCUGCGGGGAAACUUGCGGGACCUCCGGCUACGUUACAUCUGAAACCAGGAGCAACGCCAGUCUUCGCAAAGGCACGAGAAAUUCCUUUCGCACUUCGAGAUUUAUAUGCCAAGGAAAUCGACAAGAAAAUUCUUUCCGGACUUUACCAGCGGGUGGAGUCAUCUGAAUGGGCAUCUACUACUCAUGUUGUUGCUAAGAAGAAUGGAAAGAUCCGAAUCACAGAUUAUCUCUUUCAUAAGAUGAAGGGCGCGACUAUCUUCUGUCAUCUAGAUAUAACUGACGCGUACUCCCACUUGACAGUUGACGACGAUUUUAGUCAUGCUCUUACAUUGAACACACCCACACACGGGUUGAUUCGACCCACUCGUGCUGUAUACGGUGCAGCUAACAUUCCCGCAAUUUGGCAGCGUCGCAUGGAAACAGUGUUACAAGGGCUUCCGAAUGUUGUGAAUUUUUAUGAUGAUAUUUUGAUUCAUGCGGCAAAUUUCGAGGAAAUGUUGAAGGUGUUAGAAAAAACACUGAAUAGGCUGAAAAUAAACGGACUUUGCUUAAAUCGGUCAAAGUGCGUUUUUGGAGCUCCCGCUGUGGAAUUUCUGGGGCAUAAAAUUGAUGCAGCAGGGGUACACAAGUCCGACAGGCAUGUAGAAACAAUACGUGAUGCUAAGAAACCGGCGAAUGCAGAAGAGCUCCAGCUAUUUCUAGGAAAGGCAACUUAUUACAGUGCUUUUAUCCCUAACCUAUCGUCACGAGAUAGUCCUCUGCGAGAUAUGCUGCUCCAGGAUAAUUUCAAAUGGACAACAAGUGCCGAUGCAGCGUAUGAAGAAAUUAAAAAUGCGUUGAUUUCACCACAGGUACUGAUGCAGUACGAUCCAGAUCUGCCAUUGUUGUUAGCUACGGACGCCAGUAGCACGGGACUUGGUGCGGUUUUAUCUCAUCGCCUGAGCGAUGGAGCAGAAAGACCGAUUGCCUACGCGAGCCGAACGUUGAGCGCGACGGAGCAACGUUACCCCCAGAUCGAUAAGGAGGCCUUGGCUAUAAUCUGGGCUGUGCAGAAAUUCUUCAUGUACCUGUAUGCUCGUCAUUGGACUUUGAUAACCGAUCAUAAACCGCUCUCACAAAUACUACAUCCUGAAAAAUCGCUUCCAACGCUUUGUAUCAGUCGCAUGGCCAACUACGCUGAUUUUCUGGGUAAUUUUGAUUUCGAAGUAGUGUUCAAAAAAACAAAAGAAAAUGCAAAUGCAGAUUAUUGUUCCCGUGUUGUUUCAGUGUGUCCGGUAAAUCUAUUGCGAGAAAAUCAUGCGAUUGCUUGGGAUGAGCAAUUAGAUGAAUUUGAUUGCUUCAUGUUACGUCAAAUCGAACAGCUGCCGAUUAAUGCUCAAAGAGUCGCACAAGAAACGCGUAAAGAUGAAGAACUAGGAAAAAUUCUUCGUGCACUCGAGGAUGGCAUAUCCUUGGAACGUUUAGGUUUCAGAUCUCCCCAAAUCAACUACAAAACUGCCGCUGGAUGCCUAGUUUACGAACAUAGAGUGAUCAUACCUCGUUCUUUACAAGCAACUAUUCUGAAGGAUUUACAUGUUGGACAUCUGGGAAUAGUAAAGAUGAAAGGGUUAGCGCGAUCGUUUGUAUAUUGGCCCGGAAUAGAUUCAGAUAUCGAAAGGACUGCAAAGAUGUGUUACGAGUGUGCAAAAAAUGCUAAUGAUCCCCCAAAGUUUCGUGAUCACGUUUGGGAAUACCCUAAGGCGCCGUGGGAGCGCAUUCACAUCGAUUUUGCCGGGCCACUUUUGGGAGUAAUGUUGCUAAUAAUCACGGAUGCAUACAGUAAGUGGAUCGAGGUGAAGGUUACAGUUAGCAUGACAGCUAGUGCGACGAUUACUCUGUUUGACGAACUUUUCUCAGCGUACGGAGUUCCUACAACUGUAGUCUCUGAUAACGGAACCAACUUUACAUCUACUGAAUUCAAAACAUUUCUUCGAAUGGCAGGCGUUAAAUAUCAUAAGUUAACUGCUCCAUACCAUCCAUCCAGCAACGGACAGGCAGAACGAAGUGUACAGACAGUGAAGAAUGCAUUAAAAGCGAUGAACUCAACGAGGAAUAACAUACAGCGUAACCUGAACGAGUUCCUUCGUCGAUACAGAAGAGCCCCUCAUUCUACUACAGGUCAACCACCGUGUCAACUAUUUUUGGGUCGAAAUAUUCGAACAUGCUUAGACUUAGUAUUACCAGCGGAUCCAUCAACAAAAAUCGAUCAACAACAGAAAAGUAAAAUGGAUUCGUCUUUUCGUGAGUUUAAAGUCUCCCAACCAGUUUAUUUUCGUUCCUAUAAUCCAAGAAUGGCUAAGUGGGUUCCCGGCAUUAUCUCGGCUCGCUUAGGAGACUUACAUUAUGAGGUUGAUUAUAAGGGUAAGAAAUGCAAGCGACAUGUUGAUCAACUGCAAAACAACGCGAGCGAAUCAGUCAGCGAGUCAGAGAAAAGUCCAUGUAUGGGUGACAAGCCUGAUCCCUACCGCUUUCAGUUUUCAUCGGAGUCUACACCAACCGGCGUUACCAUUGGAUCCAGCAGUCAGGAACAGUCAACUUCAACUCCGAUCUCAGGCAGUAACGGUGGCGAACGGGCCAUCACCCCACCUGUUAGCCAAGAUACUGGUGCGAUGGCGACACCUGCAGCCCCACGAAGAUCGACGAGAACAAGGCGGCCACGAAUCAUCUUCUCACCCGAUGGUCGCUGA